UCCCUCUUGUCUUCGCGCACUUCGUGGACGGUUAUCCCGACGGGAACGAUCGGUCGGAACUCGGAGCGGAGGAAGAAGGGGGGGAAAAACACGCCGGGACGCGGAGCGGAGAUUCGAGCGAACGAUUGUGGAUUGUGCCCGAGUUGUUUGCGGCUCUCCGUUGGAAUCGCGUGUCGCCGAAAGAGGAGAAGGUGGAAGCGUAGCGUCGUCGCGACGACUCGCGAAAGGGAUUAAGCGCGAAGUGGAGAAGAAGGUGGCGAAAGGAGAGCCGGAGAGGAGCAGUAACAGGUGGAACAGUUUUAGAAUAACCGGAGAAGAUGGAUCAAGGUUUCCCGGGGCAGCACACCACCACGACCACCGUGACGACUUCCACCACGACGACUCAGCCCAAUGUGCGGUUCGAUCCGUCAUAUGCGAGGACGUUGCCUGGUAUAUUAAAGAUCGUGCAAGUGGUACUGAAUCUCUUGGGAUUUAUAUGCAUAACGGUGUCGACUCACAGCAGCCACAGCCGGGGAGGAUGGUUCAAUACCGUGGCCAUGGUCGGCUUCUGGUUCACGGGGAUCCUGCUCGUUCUCUAUCUGUUCCACAUUGUGGAGAAGUUUUCCAGGAUCCCUUGGCUUAAGAUUGAAUUUAUAUUCUGCACGAUAUGGACCGUCUUCUACUUGCUGGCCGCUUCCCUCGCAGCCGACUACGCACGUUACACGGAGGCUUUCGGUGUUGCUGCGUUCUUCGGGUUUUGCGCAAUGGUGGUGUACGGCUACGACGCUUGGCUGAAGUUUAAAGCGGCGAAGAGCGGAGCGUUGGCGCAGGGCCAACACACGCCGAAACAAGUGUCCGCCGUCACUAGCCCGGCGUAUUAGAUAUGCAGGAGAGAAGAGGGCCCACAGCGGAAUGGACCACACCGGUCGAUCGAUUCGGACCGAUCGAUCGAUCGACACAUAUCGUUACCUUUGUGCGGGGCCAGCUCUUUUUGUAAUUCCGGCGCGUUUCUCUCGUACGUUUCUCUCAUGUGAAACGUCAAUGCGACACGCACGAUGCGCGUGCGAGGCGCGUGCUCGUGCGUAUGUACGCUCGUUUAUCCACGCCCGCGCACGUACACUCGACUUUCUUUUCGUCUCUUUUUUUUUGUACUCUGUAACAUGGCAAUAAUCUUACACCACGCCGUAGUAUUAACUUACAUUUUAAUGAGAAGAAGAGGGCGACGCGGCCGCGUGCGCGUGUUAUUCGCCGUCGAACAACGAUUGUUAAUAUUUUGUAAUAAUAUUUGCCGCGUCUUUACUUUCGAUCAACUAUUAUUUAUGCGAUGAUGUAUGUGUACAUAUAUAUAUCUAUAUACGCAUAACAAGUCUGUAAACGUUGUUGAAUCCGUAUCUUAAAUUAUUGUUGGAACCGAGGCGACGCUUAAGCAUCGUGGUGGUGGUGGUGGUAAACGACGAUGCUCGGGUGCAUUUUAGCGCGAGAUCGAGUGCCGUUGCGCGCGCCGCGCGAGUGCUAGUUCUAUUUUAAUCUUCUAGGUUCUUGUUCGCAACCGGGCCGAUCAAUUUCAUCUUCAGUGAUGUUUUCUACAUUUCUACUAACGAGACAUUUCCAGUUUCGUGGAUCUCUAUUCAAAAAUUUAAAAAAUUGAAAUUUUGGAGAAACAGUUGAAAGUAUACUAGGUGUUUGAACUUUAGAGAGCGGUAUUUCUAUAUAAAAUGACCAUCCAAUGCGUUCGGCCGUUUGCAAGCAAGAACAAAGCAUGCAAAAUUAAGAUGCUGAGAGAAUUUUUCCUCGUUAUUGUCGUAUGUAGCUUCUAUAGACCGUCGUUUAGAUUUCUUAGAUUGUUCGAUAUCGCUCUUUGCAAGCUCCUAACACAGAGGGAGGGAUCAAGAGUGCAGCUAUGACUGCGCGAUUUGUACAGGGAGACACAAGAAGAUAAUGUAGCGUGAUUACAUAUAUAUACACACACACACAUAAUAGACGCGUUACUUGGCUCGCGACGAACAUAUCUGCCGCAUUUGUCAUAUCGGAUCGCGUUACUCGGCAUGCGUAAUCUCGCAGAAUGACGCUUACGAGAUUUUCUCUAUGUCACAAACGAGAAUAACUUGUUACGAUAUAUCGAAGAGUAGUAGACACUCUGUUGCGAUUCGCGUAAACUGUAUAUAUUUAUUAGUUUGUUACCUUUAUUCAGAAUCUCGAACCUAUACAGGUACAACAUCGAUAUGUACACAUCACGGUAUACACUUAUAUCAAUGUCUAGUUAAAAAUCUGACGAGAGAUCUGACGUGGAUAUUAGUAUGCAUAAUAAUGAUCGGCGAAAUAAAGUCUCAACGUCGGUAAAUGUAUUCAACGAAAUAAAUGAUUGAUUGUUGUUUCCUGGA